AUGGCCAACGCGGAUUAUAGGAAAGAUGUAAUGGCAGUACGUCCUAGAAGUGUUUACACAGCCCAUUCAUAUAAUCAGGAGGAGUCAAGUCUAUCUACAUUUCAAGAUUACAGUAAGUUUUUAGAGGGUGGUCUCGGUCAGGCUGAACUAGUAGGCGCGUCUGGCUGGCAACCGCCAUGGCGGGCUCCAUUGCAGCGCAAAGCUCCAUUUUAUCCUGGUGAUGAUAUCUUCCACGCAGAUACUUGGAGGGAAUUAGAGGUACUUCAACUAAAAUUAAUUCAAGUA